UAGCUUGAUGAGUACAAGACUCUUGUGAUGCGUGGAGACUUGGAAAGAGCUAGUGAAGUUUUACCUUCAAUUCCCAAAGAGCAUCAUAAUAGUGUGGCACGUUUUCUGGAAUCACGAGGUAUGAUAGAAGAUGCUUUAGAAGUUGCUACAGACCCUGAUUACAGAUUUGACCUUGCCGUACAAUUGGGCAGAUUAGAGGUUGCAAAGGAAAUUGCUUUGGAAGUGCAGAGCGAAUCUAAAUGGAAGCAGUUGGGAGAAUUGGCUAUGUCCACUGGAAAGUUGGAAAUGGCUGAGGAAUGCAUGAAGCAUGCAAUGGAUUUGAGUGGUCUGUUGUUGCUAUAUUCUUCUUUAGGAGACGCUGAAGGGAUAUCAAAACUUGCAUCUCUUGCUAAAGAGCAAGGAAAGAACAAUGUCGCUUUCCUUUGCUUAUUCAUGCUGGGUAAAUUGGAAGAUUGUCUUCAGUUGUUAGUUGAAAGCAAUCGGAUACCUGAGGCUGCUUUAAUGGCACGAUCAUAUCUUCCAAGCAAGGUUUCCGAGAUUGUGGCUAUUUGGAGAAAGGACCUCAACAAGGUAAUUCAUUUUCUGCCAUGUCUUAUCUUGUCUAAUGCUGCAAACUUGUUGUGCAAUCCCAGAGAGUAUCUAAUUAUCGAGAUGCAGUGCUCUUCCGUGGAAUCUAAAGUGGCAGAGUCAAGGGGUGUUUAUCCACCUGCAGAGGAUUACCUAAACCAUGCGAAUAGGUCUCACAUGACCCUUGUAGAAGCUUUUAGAAACAUGCAAAUUGAAGAGGGACCGUUUGAAAAUGGUGAUUUUGAUCAUGAGGGUGCUGAACAAAACAGAGAUGACACGAAUGUCGAGGAACAAAAUGGAGAAGAUGGGAGCCAAGAGGAGGCUGUUGUUGUGGAUGCUGAUUCUACAGAUGGAGCUGUACUCGUUAAUGGUAACGAGGCUGAAGAAGAGUGGGGUACGAAUAAUGAAGGAACCCCGUCAGCCUAAAAGCAAUUGGUUGGGGCAGUGUGAAAAUCGAAAUUUUGUCUCUGUGCUCACACCACACCAUUAGCUCGCUGAAGACAGUCCGGUUCCAGUUGGCAUUAGGCCCUUGAUUCAGGUGAGAAAAAUACUAUUAGAUGACCUAUAAAGAUUUGAUCAGGGAUCACAAAUUCCAACAGCACGAGUACAUUGAAACAUUGAAUAGUUUUGUAGUGAGAAUCAAAGAAAUUCACCUUGCAGCAAAACCAUCUGUACCACCAGAAGAUCAAACUUGCUAAAAAUAUGGAAUUUUUUUGUGCACCAUUAGAACUGAACUUUUUGGAAGUGUUAUAGCUUGCGUAAAACAUGAUAAUUUGUGCAUAAUGUCAUCCUGGUUUCUUUUGUACAAGUAGUUUGGAGCUAAUCUGGAAUUUUUAUGGAUGUGGGUGCAAAUAA